UUCGUUUUUUGAGAUUUUCGAUCUUUUGUCAAUUUUUUUUUGUUUGAAAUAAAAAAAAAAAAAAAAAAUGGCUGUUGGUAAUGCUGAUAUCAAACCGAACAACACUAUCUAUAUUCGUAAUCUUAAUGAAAAGAUUAAAAAAGAAGAAUUGAAAAAAUCACUUCAUGCCAUUUUUUCACAAUUUGGAACAAUUUUGGAUAUUCAUGCAAAAAAAUCAUUGAAAAUGCGUGGACAAGCAUUUGUCAUAUUCAAAGAUAUUAACAGUGCAUCAAAUGCUAUACGUUCGAUGCAGAAUUUUCCAUUCUAUGAUAAACCAAUGCAAAUCCAAUAUGCACGAAAAGAUUCCGAUUUGAUUGCCAAAAUGAAAGGUACUUAUAUUGAACGACCGAAAAUGCCACGUUCUGAUGAACCGAAAAAGAAGAGAAAAGAAAAACGAACAGCACCGAUAAACACUGUAAAUGCAGCCGGUAUUCCACAUUCAGCAUUAGCUGAACAACCACCAAACAAUAUUCUAUUCUUAACGAAUUUGCCACCAGAAACCACUGCACCAAUGGUACAGGUAUUGUUCACACAAUUUUCUGGCUUUAAAGAAGCACGUCUUGUACCUGGCCGUUAUGAUAUUGCAUUCGUUGAAUUUGAAACCGAAUAUCAAGCCGGUAUGGCCAAGGAUACAUUACAAGGAUUCAAAAUAACACCCACACAUGCUAUUAAAAUUACUUAUGCUAAAAAAUAGAAUUCACAUCAUUAUAAUUAUCAACCAUCAAUCAUCAUUAUAAUUAUGGAUAUAUUGUUUUU